UGCCUGCUCCCGCGGACAUGAGCCGCUCGUACUAGUCUUCGGCGGGCCCCGAUUUUUCAGCACAGCCCCCUGAGGGAGCGCAUCCAGCUUCGGGUUGUGGUGGGCAGCAGCCUCGGCCGGGCUGCUCUGACGGGACCCAACGCGCGCCAAAGCCAAAGGAGGGGUUCGGACGGAGCCUCUCCCCCGUUGCUCAUUCCCCGCCUCGCGCGCCCGCAGCUGCGCACUCCAGUCCACUCAGCUCUCGCUCUGGACUGAGCCGGCAAUUGGGCGGACGCCGCUGAAGCCGGCCCGUAGGGCAGCCGCUGUGCGGGGCAGAAGCGCGGUAUGUUUGCAGACAACCCUCCAGUCUUUUUUAAACUGUUGUGAUUACUGGGAGUGCGAAUAAGCAUGGAGAUUAAGUUAGACGUUUUAAUCUCUACAUGUAUCAAACAUAGGAAACCUUGGCCUCAAAUCUCCUGGCUGGGACAGGAAAAAGAAGCUAUUUAUCUUUUAGAUGAUAAAUGUAUAAGUGAAAUUAACCUGUUAUCAGGAAAGACAAAGAAGAAAAUUCCUCGACUUCAAUCACUGUUGAAAAAUGUUGUCGUCUUAGCAACAUCAAGAAAUGGUGCUUGGUUGGCAGGAAUACUUACAACAGGAGAACUAUUUCUUUGGAAUAAAGACCAGGACUAUCUGAAAAUUGUACCAGCAGUUGAAGAAACUAGUAAGGUGGUUACAGCAGCACAAGAGUGCUCCAUGAGAUUGUACCUGUAUGUCUCAGGAGAUGGGAACAAGGUGCUACUCAUUACUCCUACUGCGUGUGUCUUUCUGUGGGAGAGCACAGAAUGCGAAAAUAUAUCCUCUCCUAAAAAUACUUCACUGGCUGGGCGUUGGUCACAAAUUGUUCCUGAGGAAUCAGUUAUAUUGCCUUCCUCUGAAGAUAAAGAAACUGGAAUGAGUGCUGAUUUCAUCAAAAAUGAGAUACUAGGUGACUGCUGCUUGUGCUCUUUUGUGUUUUGUUCUGGGGAAUGCUUGAUGCUGACAUUUUUGGCACUGCGGUGGCAUGAAAACAGUUUCAAAUUCAUUAGUUCUUUACCUUAUCAUAUCCACUGGGCACAGCAAGCAUGUUCUCUGCCCACUCUGGUUCCAGUGUGUGAGUCAGUAAAGUCGAGAGGAGCUUUGCUUACUGCAUUUUCAAGGGAUGGACUUUUACUGGCAGUAGCCGUUAAUCAAAAUGAUCCAAAGGCAACUCAGAUUUUGUUUAUAAAUACACUGAAUUUUGUUACUGUUUCUGGUAGCCUUAAAGGUUGUAGUAGCAAGAAUCAUGUGGUUCCAUCCAAGUUUGUCAGGUCAUACUGGGUAGGUGACAUGAGCUGGACUCCCGACAGCCUUUUUCUGGCUUGCAUGUUAAAACGUGGCUCCUUGAUCUUACUGACUUGUAUGGGUGAAUUGCUGACCUUGGUUACUUCUGGUUGCUCUAUAGAAUUUGGACCAGCAGAAUUUAUUCCCUUUCAUCCACUAAUAACAUACAGACCGCAACAGUCUGUGCAAGAUUCUAGUCAUUCUCUUGGUUCAUCUGCCUCUGAAAGUGAUCUUAUGAGACAGAGAUUUUCUGUAACAUCACACUCAAGAUUACCCUACCUCAUUGUCUCUGAUGGGUAUAUGGUUACAGUACUUAGGUUUUCUGAUAAUCUUUUACCGUCUGGAGUUAUGAGGUCACUUCUACUUGAUUCAGCCCAAAGGCUUGAAAAGAUACAUCAGAGUCUGAUGACACCUAAGUCGAAAGGGAAAAGGCUGCAGUUGCGAUCAUUGUCUUCUUUAAAAACUAGCCUACUGAAACAGCAUCGAAACCAAAAUUCUACCCUUUCUACCAUUCCAAAAUUCCUGCAAGAAGAAGAAACAGCAGAACUGAGUGAGAAAGCAGCAGAUUUACAGGAUUAUGAAGAGGAAUCUGAUGAUGACAAGCAGUUUCAAAAUAACUCUUCUACUUUCUGCAGCCAGGGACCAAAUUCAUUUUUCAGUAGAGCUGAUCAAGGCCGGUUGGAAUUUGCAUCAAUGUUCGACACUGUUCAUGCGAAAGAUGAUACUGAUGCAAAAGAUGAUUUAUCUAUGGAACUAAAUUCAAUUCAGAAAAACCUUCUUGCCGCCUGGGGGAUAGGGAUUUCAAAAAAUGUGCAAGAAAAAGAUAUGCUGUUGAAUUACACAGUAGGCUGCAUUACCCACCUUUUCAGCAUUCUCCAGUUCAGUAAAAGCUCUUUACUAAACCAUGAUGCAUUUUUAAACCAGUCUGAAAAAUAUAAUCUGUGGAUGCAUUGCAUCUUAAAACAUUUUCAGCAGUGUUUAACUGUCCUGUACUGGGAUGUGAGAGACAGACAGACAGUUGGGCAUUUGGUAAAGCUGACAUCACAGACUGUAAAACUGAUGCUUAUUCAGCUCCAAGAUCAGUUGUUCUCAGAAUACCUUUUGGGGUGCUUCUGUUUGCUGAAGAUGGUUGCACAUAGUCUAAAUGGGAAAUUCACACCUUGUUAUGAGAUAAUGUCUGCAUCCUCCGAUGUUAACACUACUAUAGAGCUUGACUCCCUGAUUGUGCCUAUUUUUCAAGUUCUUGAUGGGAGCAGUGCUCAGAAAUUUCGCUCACUGAAUUCUCUGCUUAAGAUACCUCCUCAGACAGUAAAACUCAAUGAAAAGCCAGAAAACAGGUUGAUGAUAUUGUGGCGGUUAUUAUAUAAACAAGUGCUUUGGUAUCGGACUCAACUAAACAGAAAAAUAUCUAAGGAUGGCAAACCAUUAACUGAAAUGAAGAUUGCGCAUGAAGAAUCCAUUGUUGCACAACUUCUAGGUCAUAUACAGGCAGUCCUGCAGUCUUCAGGAGAGACCUUGGAACAAACCCAGAAGCUCAAUUCUGUGAUUGGUGAGGAACAGUUUCUUCUAGGCUCAUAUGAAGAAUCUGUGAAUCUGUGGAAGAGGGCUCUUCAAGAAACCAAAGCAAAAGGAGAAAAGAGGACACAGUUUCUUCAAACUAGGUAUUAUCUUGCUAUAUUAUAUUGCCACCUGUAUCACUAUGACUUAAGUGAGGCUCAGGGGCUGAGCGAUCAUCUUGUGAGAGAGAUACUAAGACGAUCUCGGCUGUCUGUAAGGCAGAGAGAAGAUUUUUCUGAUGCUGAACAUUCUCAAUAUGAACUGUGGAUGAUAAGGGAUGUUCAUCCUGAAGCUGCAGUGGCAGUAAUACAGUCCAUGGCACGAUUCAUGGCUGCCUACUUCACUAAUCAGCUGCUUUAUAUACUUCCCCCACAUAAAGUUGAUAUUCUACCUCCACUUCACAUCAACCAAGACCGGUUCCCUCGAGUUGUUCCACUACAGCACUCUGUGGUCGCCAGUGCUGUUAGAGACCAGAAACUUUCUUCUGUAUGGACCGCUGAAUAUGCUCUUGAUUUGCUCUUUGUUGGUGGACUGAUUCCAGAGGCUGUGUGGCUAGCACACAAACUUGGAGACUGGAAAAUGUCCGUUUCAAUAGGUGUGGCCUAUAAUCUGUACUGUCAAAGUGGUGGUGACUUCUUAAGGUCAGAGAAAACGGAAUUCCAUCUGCCUUUGAACUUGACUCCAACACAAAUUUUUCAGGAAAAACUACAGUCUUUCUUGGGACAGCCAGUCAGUUUUGAAACAUCAAAUGAAGGAAGUACUAAAUAUAAACAGUUUACAGAUCCCAUUGAAGAGGAAAAUGCAAAUGUUCUGUUUGGUUCAGUGCAAGAAAUACUGAAAGCAGCUGUUAUGGCAGAUGCAGACAUUCUCUCAGACACAUUUCAGCUUUUGAUAGACUCUGCCAAGGACCUCAGCAGAAAAUUGUGUGGUUUAGUGCCUGAUGGGCUAUAUCUUCCUGCACCACCAUUAUACUGUCCUCAACCAGCUUCUCUCAGUGAAAAAGACUACAAUGACUCUCCUUUAAAAAUUGAGAGAGAUUAUCGUCAGAAGGUGUCUGGGGUCCUUCAGCGAAUUAUGCUGCUCUUCCGGGCUGCUCGUUGUUCCUGCCCUGUGGCACAGUGGUAUAUUGUACAACUGAAAUGGGCAAGAAAAGUAAUGCAAAAGAUUCGAAUGAAAGGCACUCUUCCUUCAUUAAGUUCAUUUCCUAAAACUUUGCUUCAUUAUUCCAAAUUUAGUACAAUAUUCUUUAGACCUGCAUCUUCUGGAGACCAUUGCUUUGAUGAUAUUUCUUGUAAAACAAUAGGUUGCUUCAGAGAAUUAUGUGCAUUGUGUUGGAUGCUUCAUGUUCGUGAAAGGUUGUCUGACAGUUGCAGAUGCUACCAAACUGCAAGAGAAAGUGUGGGUAGUCAAAAGGACUGCAAGAAGGCUGAAUAUGAUGCCUCUAUAGUUGAGCAUUGUCUCAAUGCAGUGGAAUGGGCUUGUCGAAUGCUCCCUUUUGCUAGGUUUAUGAAUGUUGAAGAACUUGUUCAAGAUAUAAUUCUGAGCCUUGUUGGAGAAUUACCACCAAUCAGAAAGGUGGCAGAAAUUUUGGUGAAAGCAUUUCCUAAUUCUGAAGAUGUAAGAGUUCCAUUAAGGGAUAAAUAUCAUGCUCUUCAGCAGCGACUUAGACACUGUACUGUCAGAGGAUCCAAAAGUGAAGAAAUGAUGUCUGUUGUUAUCCAGGCCACCCACAAAGUGAGGCUGAAAGCACUGAAACGUGUAAUAAGGAACAUAGGUCCCAUUGAAAUGAGUAUCUGGGAGCCAUCGGAAGAGGAGACACCAGAUGAUGAGGCACAUUGCUAUGAUAGAUUCUCAUUAGGGACCAGUCUAAGCAGAAGUACGCUCUCUGAUUGUGGAAAUCCUCAAGUAUAUAGUGAUGCUGAAGCAGCAGAUACACUCUCUGAAGCUUUGCUUACAGAAGAAACAAGAAAUCAAGCACCUUCACCUCAGAGGGAGACACGGCCUCACACAGAAGAACAAACUGGUCGUAAGAAAACUGCAUAUAAGAUAAAAUAUCUUAACUGGAAAGCAAAACAUAAAGAACAAAGUAAAGUUUUGCCAAAUCAACAUACUUUGCCUGUGGUAGGUGCAUGGGAAUUUGAACGUGAUGAUGAUGAAUAUGUUAAGUUCUUAGAUCUCUUUUUGAGUUACAUGCUUGAAAGAGACUUUAACUGCAGUGAUCCUGGGAUUCCUUUUCUGACCAGCUUUUCUGAACUCCUUAGAGAACAUGAACUACACUCUCUCCUUUUUGAUGUGCAUACAACACUGAAACGUCGACAGGGCAGAACUAGUAGCCAGAAUGUGUUUAGAGCUGGUUGCUGCUAUGCUGUUACUCUUGCAUCUUGUGAUUCCAAACCAGCUUCCUUGUGUAACGAAAAGAAAAAAUAUUUGGAAAACCAAAUGUCUGUUUCAGUUCUACAACCAGCAGACUCCUUGCUGUGUGACUCAGUGAAUGGAGUAAAAAAAUACAUGGGAAAGAAAGGUUUAUUUGGUCUAAACCACCUGUCAGUUUACAGAGCACAAGAUAACAAGCAAGAAAUAACUAUUACACCCAUAACCCAGACCUUGUCUGACCAUGCUUGCUCUAGUCUACAAACUUCAGUGACCUGUAAAUAUAUGUACAAAACAAUUCAUGUGAAUGAUGUUAUACCAAGAGAGGAACUUUGUCUAGAACUGAAGAAUAAAUUUAGCAAUAUUGCAAGACUGCUUGAAUGGAUGAUCAGAUGGUCUGAUAGGAGAUUGCUAUAUGACACCAACAAAAUAGAGUCAUUUCAAGAGAGCCGCCCAAUGAUGCAUGUGAAAACAUCAGCAGCUGCUAUACUUACAUCAUUAUGGCUUCUAGGACGACCCUAUUGUGAUGAAUCACAAGCUAGGAUCACUAGUUUUAAGAGUCCAGAUUAUCAAUACCUAAUGAACUCUGCAUCCCUACCAGAAACUAGAUCCAAGAUACAGAAAGAAAGCAGUACGGAUACAGGCUGUUCUCCAUCAACAGAAACGCUACACGCUGUCCAGGAUGUAAAUGCUUACGAUGAAGUUUGUGAAAAUGUUUUAGGAAUAUCUACAAAAACAAAACAUUCUGAAAAGAAUGAAAUGAAUGAGAGUUAUUCUGUAACUCACAGUACUGAAGAAGGAGUAAUAGGUUUUGAUGAAGAAGUGGGAGCAUUCCUGAAGAAGGAAAUAGAUGCAACUUCAGAAACUGAAGAGCUCUUUGAAGAACCAUUUGGAGUUCCAAAAAGCCCCAGUAUUUCUGUCAGCAUUAAACCUGUACAACAACAAAAAGAGGAGCAUAUCUCCACUCUAGAUAUAGAAUUUCCAUGGGAAGAACCCAUGAUGGAAAAGUUAGAAGAAAAAAAAGCCAAACAAAAUGGUAUGGCUGAGGCUGUUUCCAGCACCAUUCCUCAUUCAUUCUGUUUAGAAAUGAAUGCAAAUGCUCCUACUACUUCAAGUAACAUAGAGAUUUGUGCAUGUGAUGAUCAACCUUCUUUCACUGGUGUAUCAAGUGUUCCCUAUAAUCGUCCGGUGUGUUCAAAGAAGCAAGAGGUCCAGGAUGGAGAGCAGAUAUCAGAGCCAUUGAACGUUUCAGAAGCUGUCAGACAGAUGCUCCAAGAUGAAAUGUUUAAAUUAGUUCAGCUGCAGCAAGUCAACUUUCUGAACUUAAUGCAAAUGGUGGGAUCAUCCUUUGCCAGCUUGCCAAAUAUGCAGCAUCUUCUGCAGCAGUCUCAGGCUAUUCAGUUGGGAGGAAGCCAGGCUUCACACACUGUAAGAGGCAGUGGUGCUGACACAUCCCUGCCUGUACAGUCUGCAGACAUUUCUCCUGAGACUCAGCUGCCCACUAAAGAAAAUGCUGGAAAGUCUAAUAAGAAGAGCAGCUCUCCUUCUCAGGAAAGAAAUAUCCUAAAUGAUCAAAGCAGCAAAGAAAGUAUACAUAAUCAUCCAGAUGUGAAUAUUUCUUUAAGCCUAUCAGAGAGCCAGUCCAAUGGAACAGAAUUUAUUCCAGCAUCUCAGGACUUGCUUCCUUCAGCUCCAGCCACAGCACUUCAUCUGUUAUCUCAUUCCCUAGAUAUCCAGAAGACACCCAAACUUAUCCCAGUUGCAAAAACCUUAAAUUAUGAAAAUGGCUUUCCUUUGCUUAAACUUGAAUCUGAUCAUUUAAAACCACUCAAUUUAUAUCCAUUAAAAGUUUCACAAGCUUUCAUCGGGUCACUCCCCCAACCAAGGGUAGUUUGGGAUCCAUCUAAUUCUUUACAGAACCCUCCGCUGUCAUGUAUGCUAGGAGACAAGACUAUUUCAAUGACACACUUGAAUUUGAAUAAAUAUGAUCCUGAAAUGAUGAGGCAAGUAUAUGAGGAAAAGAAGAGGUGGGCAGAAGCUGAAAGCAAGAGGCCUCCUAAACUACUUAAUCUGGAUCAAUAUGAGGGAGAGCAAAAUUUUGCACCUCUGCAGCACCUUCCUACAAAUGUGAGUGCAGAGAAGCCACGGAGUGCUCAGCAUGCUUCCUUCUAUGGAACUUACCAGCAUUCAGCUGGAAUUCCUUUACUGCACCUGCAGCUUGACCCAGCACCUAGAUUUCCACCAAUUAUAAGACCACCAGUCCCUGGUUCUUUAAUACCCGUUAGACCUAUAACUGAGGAGACCAACUGCAGAGACACAUUACAGCACACAGGAAUACCGAUUCUUCACACUAAUUUACCUCCAAAAAACAAGUUCCAACCACCAAAACUCAUCCCAAUUCAAAAUCUCAUUGCAUUUGAGCAAAGCCGCCAGCGUACCAGUGCACCGCACGAGUUCAGUGGACAAGACCAUUCUGGUCAGAUUGAGUUGUUAAAAGCUAACAUUGAACCAUUUGACGCAAGACACACAUGGAAUAAUACAAAAAGGCAAAAGAGACGUGCUGAAAAACAGAUAAAAGAGAAGGAGGACAAGAAAAAAGCAAGUGUGACAUUCCGCCCAGAUGACUCCAUUAUUGGUACUGAUGAUAUAGAGAGAGUUUUUGAAACUGAGAUACAGGAUCAGCAAGCAGAAUCCAGCCAUUAUCUUGGAGAUGAUUUUGUCAUUUCACUUGACACAGUGGGAGAGGCUGUUACUACUUCAGCAGGUCUACACUGCAUGGCUUCCACAAGGAAAAAACCCGCAGAAACUCAAGAUGCAAGCACAAAUACAGAUCCGGUUCUCAAGUCCUAUCAGGAUAUAGAAACUGGCUCUGAAGACAUAGCUUCUGAACUUAGUAAAAACCAACCUAUCGCCUCUGUUCCUUCAACAGAACAUCUGGUUUCAAGAGUUCCUCAGAUGUUGCCACCAGACAUGUACUUAAACUUCAGGUUCCACACAGAAGUAGGGAAGAGACUUUUACCAUCCUCUGGGUCUGAUACUGCACCUGAUUUGAUUGGACACACAUAUAUCAAUGUGAUUGACAUUGAAGACAAUGAUCUCUUGAAGGAUUUGCCUACUAUAGCUGAGUCUACAGAAGAGAUGGUUACCACACAACAGGAGAACUUUGAAGUUCCAUCUUCUGCAAAGCUGCAUCACAUGGCAGCUUCUGUUACCAAUGCAAUUCCACCUAAUGAAUUUCAGAGAAAAGAUGACCAUCAAAAUGAUCUGUUCCCAGUGCAAGAAAGGGAUAUAAAAUCACUUGCUGGUAGACACAAUCUAACCUGGAACCUAUUGCAUGAGGAUGUCAGGAUCAUUCACUCUACAGGACUAUCGCCCAAAAUAAUUAGCAAAGAACACUUUUGUAAAAAGCUGCAGGAAAUGGAUAUACAAUUGCAGGCACUACAAAACAUAGCAGACAAUAUGGAGAAGGAUUUCAGCAAUACUAAAUUGGUGGCCAGAUCCCCAACUGGAGUUUAAUCAGCAUAACUUUACUUACUUCAACAGAGUUAUGCUGAUUUACAUCAACUGAGAAUCUGACCCAGCAUGUAGUCUGGAAUCACGUCAAGUGAUGUUUCACAGCCAUCUACUUUGUACAUUAUUAUGCAAGCUGUUAGCACAUCCAAAAAGAUAAUGAGGCAGUAAAGCAUAAAAUAGCUGGGGUAGCAGAAGAAGUUGAAAGCAUUUAAAAAAUAUUUUUCAGGGACAGUGACAAACGAUGGAUCAAAUUUUAGCUUUAUCAAUUUUGAUUUAGUUUGCACAGGUAAAUUUCAUGCCUUUUGGAAACUCGUGUGUUGCUAGAAUUUUGAAAUAUCUGACCUAGACCAUUUACAUGGAGAGUUAGUGUGUAGCAAGUCAGGGUGUGAAACUGUAGUGCACCUUGCUACUUAUUUUAAAUUAACCAUAUAAGAAUAGUUCAGCAGCAUAAAAAUAUGUAUAAAAACUACCAUAUUAUAAGGGUGCACUCCUGAAAACACGAAAGCUUGUCUAUGCAGAGUGUUAGUUGAGCAGCAAGCCAGGUUAUGAAUCUGCUGCACACUAGCUUGUAGUGCAUUAGCUGGUCGUUUGGACUUGGCUAUCACACUCUUAAAAAAAAAAUUCUGUAGUAUACUUUUAUGUCCUGCUGUUUGAAACGGGUGUAUGUCAAAGUGCACUGCUGAACAUCUAGUGUAUGAUAGCAGGGUGCACUAUAGUUCUUCAAUUCUAUUCUAGGUGUGGCACGCCCAUGUGAACAGUUUGUUGGAGACUUUUGCCUUAGCUGUAUCUGUAGGGUCGGCUGCGGCACCUCCUUUUUUUCUCCAUCUGAGAGGCCUUCCGCGAGACCUCUCCGAGCUGCUGGUCUUCUACCAGGACCUCCUCCGGACUUGGAAGCUUUUCUCGGAGGCCCUGCUACACAACCUCGAUCUCCGUGUGCAGGUGGCGGAGUCUCCCGCGGUGUGUCGGAGGUUGGUCCUGGCAGAAACCACCAGAGUCGGAGACCUCCUGGACUAUGACGGGGGAUUGGGUGGAGCCCCGCGUGCUCGGAUGACGCAUGGAGCUUUCCACCCUUCCGACCCCUAGGCGCGUACUCCGGGAGGUGAAGGCCGCCUUGUCACCUGAUUCUCUCGCUUUCCUGUGGCAAGCCCUGUGAGAGGGCGCUCCCCGCCCACCUCUCACCCCUGGCCCUCCGGACAUUUUUCUCGGGCCCCUGCUCCGCGAGCCACCCCGGCCUCCCCGCUCCUACACUCCGAGCUGGCUGCACACCCUGCAGCUGGUCCGGUUUCGAACCACGCCCAGAAACCAUCUAUACAUGCUCGUGCUCCAUACGUUACAUUUCCUCACCCUUUUGUCCCGCCCCAACACCAAAUGGCAGGACUAUCUUCCACCUAAAGAGGGUGAGGAGCCCCAGUGGGCCAGCCUUUAUUCCACCUUGGUCCCACGGCCUGCCGGGGACAUUAGUUGGCGGCUCCUUCAUGGAGCCGUGAGCACAGGCGUGCACCUGGCGCGGUUCACCCCUACACCUGAGGCCUGCCCCUUUAGUGGCAUGAGGGAGAACCUGGCGUACGCCUAUCUUGAGUGCGCCAGGUUGCAGCCCCUAUUCCGGCUCCUCCAGAACCUCUUGUUGAGGUCACGAGACCUCCUCGUCAACCUUCUCCUGGCUCUGGCCAAAGUCUCCAUCUACAAUACCAGGAGGAGGAUGUUGGACGAGGGGGUGCUCUGCGACUGCGGGGCCUAUUUCCGUUCCUCCCUAGUUUCACGCAUCCGGGCAGAGUUCCACUGGGCAGCGUCCGCUGGGUCCCUCAACAGCUUUGAGGAGCAGUGGGCACUGUCUCGGGUUCUCUGCUCGGUGUCCUCAUCCGGUAUCCUUAUUUUGAACCUUUGACCGUCACUCCCAUCCAUGUUUGUCAUUAGUUGUCCCCUGUAAUCAGUUGGUCCCUGGGUCCAGUGGUCCCUCCCGCUAGGCUGGGGGAGAGGCCUUUAGCAAUGGGUGGGCACCCACUUUCCCGGGAUUUUCCAAUAUGAACCCCUUGAGUGCCGCGCUCAUGCAUCAGUGUAUCGGGCGCCGCUGACCCUACCCACUCUCUGUUCCUUCUUACUGCCUGUGAUGGUUGGAGCGCCUUGUCUUGCAUCGCAAGAGUAUUAGCGGCUCUUUCACCUCCUUUGUUGUAGUUAGUUGUUAGGUACUUAGUCUGGCUAUUAAGUUAAGUGUUAGCUAAUAGUUUCAGUAGUUAGAGUCCUGGCUGGGACUUUGCUGUGGAACAGGGCAGGCUUUAAGCCAUGUUCAUCGUGUACCCAGCUGAUGCCCAUUAGUGACCCCCACGAUAGCUGUUUAAAUGUCUGGGGGAAUCCCACAGAAAAGGCAAGUGCAGGAUCUUCAAAAACUUUCGCCCUUGAACUCAAAAGGAGCAGGAUAUCCACUUGAAGGCCCUCCUCGUGGAGACUCUGCUUCGUCCUGCCUUGGAGCGCUCCCGAUCGGACUCCACACCUACUAUUUCGGCAUCUGUGCACAGUGCACCGCCGGCACUGGAACCUGCCUGGCACCAUUCCCCCUCGCUGGCGCUCAAGAAGUGUCUGAAGCCCAAGGGCCUGUCAGCACUGUAGGACAAGGGGGCUUUGGGCAAAGGACCUGUGUUAGGCCACGUGCCCACCCCAGAGCUACGCUAGGGUACUGCUGUGGUCGGACCCCCUAGUCCAGCUAGGGAUCCGACUCCUGGGAGCUGCAGGGGAUCCCGGCUGCUCGUAGGGCCACCUGUGCCUGAGGUGCCCCCGCCAGCCAAGGAACGAGUAGGCCAUCCAGCACUGCAGAUGCCAAGCCAGGUGAUGAACUCAGUUAAGGCCCGGACCUCCCUCUAAAGCAACGGAGCGUCCCUGGACCACUGGUGUCAAUCCCUGUCAUCGUGGCCUAGGACCCUGGCACUGCAGCCUCAGUCUCUGGUUAGAAGACCCAGGUCCCUAACACCAAGGUUGCCACCUACAAGGCAUGGGACACCUGAGUCAUGAUGCCAAUCCCCUUACCCAUGGUACUGCCAGGCCUCCCACCAGACAUUGCCAUGGCGCAGAUCCCCAUUGCCUAGGCCGUCCCCCUGGCAUUGAUCCCCCAUGGUGCGGGAUCGUUCCUGGUCGUGGCUCUGGUCUCCGACUCACUGGUACUGCUCUUUGGGCAGGCACCAUUCCUUGCCCUUUCCUUACUGGUUGCUGACGAGGGUCAGCCGACAGACUCAGGUAUCUAUGGCUCUGCUCUGGUCACCGGAAGGGCAGUGAUCUGAGUCGGAGGGAGAGUUCAGCCCAUCACCUAGGAGACAGGCACAGCUCUGGCAGCAGCAGCAGGGGCAGUGGCCUGCAGUGGCAGUACUGGAGUCCAUGGAGUGUACCUGUCAUGCUGGUCCUGUACUUCCACCAUUCCUCUCAGGCCUCAUCAGACAAACUGCCUCUGGACCAGCCAGCACGGGUAUCAGAGCAUGGUGCUGAGUCUGUUGCGGGAGUGUCGCAAUGGGCCCCAAUGCCCAAGGAGCCGUCCCCAGGCAGGCAAGAGGAAGCUGCCCCACCCCCUGCGCUAUAGUCUUCUUCGUUGUCUCAGGGCGAGGCGGUGGUGAGUCCCUCACAAGCAAGCAGCCCCCCCUGAUGACUUCAAAGAGCAUAGGGCCCUGCUCAAAAGGGUAGCUGCUAACCUGAACUUGGAGGUCGAGGAGCUAGCAGAGGAAUCCAGUGACCUCUUCAAUGUCAUACCCUCCUCCACCCUAGCCCGGGUUGUAAUGCCCAUUCUCCUAGGGGUCCUGAAAAUUGCCUCUUCCAUUCAGUCUACCUCCAAAAAAGCAAAAAAUAAAUAUUAUAGCCUGGCAAAGGGAUUUGAAUAUCUGUAUACCCACCCUCCAGCAGGAUCCCUGGUAGUAUCUGCUGUCAACAAAAGGCCAGUGGCAUACCCAAAAAUAAAGAUGCCAAGAGUUGGACUUGUUUGGUAGGAAAAUUUAUUCGACAGCCAGUCUGCAAUUUUGGGCGUCUAACCAUCAGGCCCUGCUAGGCAGGCCCCAACCCAGCCCUGACCCGGAUCUGUCACGGUUGAAGGAGAGGCGCCCCUCCCCCACAGCCCAGGUGCUGCUGCAUGGAGAGAGAACUGGGGGGUUCUCUCUCCCCAUCACAGCCUCGGGCAGCAUGUACCCCAAACCCCUCAUCCCCAGCCCCAUGCCAGAGCCCGCCCCCCCCAGCCGGAGCCCUCACCCACCACACAUCCCAACCCUCUGCCCCAGCCCUGAGUCCCCUUCCACAGUCCGAACCCCUUGGCCCCACCCCCACCGCAUGAAUUUUGUUAUGUGCACUAAUAUUGAGGUGAUGUGUCCCUGUCCUCUGCACCUGGGGCUGUGCUGGCCGCUUCCUGGAGCAGCGUGUUCCUG